AACUAACCAUAGGGUCACCGCCGUCGCUCUUAUAUCGAUAAGAAACAACAAGGGUAAACUUUUUCAUCCGUUGUUUCUGCGCUCCUACUCGAGUGAACCGAGAACCCUUCGUCUCUUCUUUGUAGGGCGAACUCAGUUUAGUCGAACAAGAUGGAUUUCCUAAACAAGCUCGACACGGACACGUCUCUAUCAAUUUUUUGUCGUCUAAACGACCCAUCAGAUGUUGUCCGUGCCAGUGCUGUCUCACGCUCCUGGCGAGACCUCGUGAUCAGAUACGGUCUCUCCAAGAACCUAUGCUUCAAGCUCUUCCAUCAGCUAACUUGCGUGGAUCGUGUUAAUGACGAGUCCUCAGGGUGGUCAAAGCUACUAGAAAGAGAGCACAGGGCUUUUGCUUUACUGGCUAAAGGCUGCACGUCUUCUCCUAUCACAAGCUGUAUCGCUGAUGCCAUCGUAGCAUCUAGCACUGAUAACUUCCCAGAAGAGUGCAUCUUGAACACACUCGAUGAAAGAGAUCGAAUUGGUGCCACACCUUCGUAUUGGUCCAGUUCAGGACAACACAAGACUUCAGUGCCCGAAACACUUGUUUAUAAGCUCAAGGGUGAUUUAUGUGUCGUUACUGAGUUCAGCAUUCACCCUUUCCAAGCUUAUUUUCAGAGUGGUUCUCCGAUUUACUCUUCGCAUUAUGUACGUUUCCGGUUGGGUCAUCUUGAUAACAAGUCACAGGAGAAAAACAACUAUGUAUGGACUUACACUUCACAACAGUUUGCAAUGGCUCAGGAAAAUCGACUGCAGAACUUUAAGCUUCCAGAACCAGUUGUUUGCAUUGGUGGGUAUAUGCUAAUCGAGUUUCUAGGCCGAGUUCAGACACAAGAACUGGAUGGACUAUACUACAUAUGUGUGUCGCAUGUCAAAGUGAUGGGAAGAUCACUAGCAAAAUCGUUUAGGUUGGUGGAUGCGAACGACAAGUCAGGAAAGGUUGGGUUGAAGGUGGUGAGUUACUGUGAUCCCAGAGAAAUGGGUGAAGAAGAGGUGGGGCAAAGGCCGUUUAGGCAGAUGGUGAGGAACCACCUUGACAAGCUCUUGUAUUUCAGACGACGAUGAGAUUUAGAGUCUGAAUAAUCACUAUGAGGAUACUGAAUCGAGUGGGUUUUAUUAUUUUAUUCUCUUUUUCUUUUAUGGAUGAUGAUCUCUCUCACGAAAGAAAGUUUGUUCA